AUGGCGGAAACUGCCUUGAAGCAUCGAGCUGAGUUUGCCUUUGCUCAGCUUGAGAACGAGAGAUCUCUGACAUCUCUUCGUGACGAGCUAAGGGUAGCUCGUGGGAUUGCUGAUCGGUCUCGGGAUGAGAUAGCUGCUCUUCAGACCCUUGUUGAUGCCCACCAUCGGGAGCACAAGGCUCUCUGCGAGAUGCUUGAGCGCAAGGGCGUUCUUCAUCGGAAGAAGCAGCGUACUGGUGGUACGGCUUAA